AUGUUGCCCAUGGCGAGACCCGCCGUCUCCGGUGCGCUGUGUGUGCGCCCUCGACUGGCAUCAUGCCUUCCUCGUGCCAACCCUAUCGCUGCUCUGUCGACCUCCUCCGUGAAAUCCGCGACAGCGCUCGAGCGUCAAUCAUCUACGGGCCAGUCGCUCACUGCGUCUGGCAAGGUCCGGAAGGAGGUGCCUCUGCCCAGUCAAGAGAAGAAGGAGGGUGCGAUGCAAUAUGUCUUGACCACCCUUGAUCAGGUUACCAAUUGGGCCCGCCAGAGCUCCCUGUGGCCGAUGACCUUCGGUCUCGCCUGCUGUGCCGUCGAAAUGAUGCAUCUUUCCACCCCUCGCUACGAUCAGGAUCGUCUGGGAAUCAUCUUCCGAGCCUCCCCUCGCCAGUCUGAUGUGAUGAUUGUGGCCGGCACAUUGACCAAUAAGAUGGCUCCUGCUCUCCGCCAGGUCUAUGACCAAAUGCCCGACCCUCGGUGGGUCAUCAGUAUGGGCAGCUGCGCCAACGGUGGUGGCUACUACCACUACAGUUACUCGGUUGUUCGGGGAUGCGAUCGGAUUGUGCCGGUGGAUGUGUAUGUUCCGGGCUGCCCCCCUACAUCGGAGGCUUUGAUGUAUGGCAUCUUCCAGUUGCAGAAGAAGAUGAGACACACCAGAAUCACCCGUAUGUGGUACCGGCGCUAA